CCUGGGGCCAUGCUUACCCCCGUUUUCCCUUGUCUAGGAGUCAAGAGUCGCAUCUGCUGCAAUCCCCUUUUCCUUCUUCUCUCUUGCAUACCUAACGCCUCCACUGUGACUGCCGCACUGCCUCCUCGAGCUUCAGAUACGAGUACUUGAAUGCCGCCUUGCGCUGCUCCUUUCAAGUAAGAGAGAGGAAGCACGCGACAUCCCAUCUUCUCCCACGCCCAUCUGAUGGAAUAAAAAUAAAAAAGAGGAGCCCGAAUCGCCGCCCUACGCCCUGUGGACUGUCCACAGCCCGCCCACCUUUCAAGACGAACAAAGCCCCUCACUUGCCGUUCCGCACGUUUUGUCUUAACUCGAGCUCCGAACCCCACCCCACCUCUGUCUGCUCCAAGCGUCAGCUCGCACUCUCACUCUCACCACCAAACUAAAAUUACAGCGACAAACCCGGUUCGAAAUCCCCAGGAACCUCCCAGCAGACCGCAAUGUCUCUCCAGGUCGACGACCGUAGUCGUCGAACCCGCUCGCGCUCCCCGGGCCGUCGCGAGCGCAGUCGCAGUCGCGGCCCCGCGCCCCCUGCCAUGGUCGACCCCCCGCGGGAGCCCAGCUACGCUUACCCGGAGGACGACCUUGACGACAGGUAUGCCCGGGACCGGGGGGACCGGGACAGAGCCGCGCGUGUCGUCACCGCCGAACCAGGUUCCGGCACCACCAUGUCGGGGGCCAUCCCCUAUCCGGAAGACACCAGCGACGCAAUGUUCCCCGGCACCAAGUCUCUCUACGACUACGAUGACCGCCGCGCUGCUCCGUCCUACCGCCCACCCCCGUCUCCCCAGGACAGCUACUACCGCAACUCGCGCGAAACCUAUGAAGACCAGCACGCGCGCACGCCCGAACCACGCGAUGACGACAAGUUGAAAUACCUCCCGGCCAAGUACAGCAAUCAUAGCCGCAGCAGCAGCAAGUAUGGCAAUGAGGCCGAGUACCCGCCCUCUAGACCCCCUCGUUCAGAUACGGCCGACCUGUACCCCCCUCCGAAGCCUCCUCGCCCUGUCUCCCCCGGCGGCUACGCCUACGCCCAGCCCCAGCCUUAUGAGUAUGCAAAGCCCGACGAGAAGGCCAAAAAGAAGGAGGAGAAGAAGAAGGCACUGGAGGAGAACCUCGCGUACGGCUUCGAUCCCCACGCGUCCAGGCCGGGCUUGGCCCCUGAGCCCCGGUACUCUGGCCGCGCGCCGAGCCCAGGGCCGCAGAUCUCAGCCGGCGCCCAGGCCUACUACGGCAACGAUCCCCGCGUCUCAUCCAACAUCUUGACCGUUGAGCCCGGCAGCCGCAUGCGCGACAAGUCGCCUCAGCCGCCGACUCAUCGCAUGUCUAACUUGUCUGUAAACACGGGCCAUCACGCACUGAACAUGAGCAUGUCGUUGGCGAACGCGCCGGGAUCGCCGUUGCUGGAGUCGUAUCACGGCACAUACCAAGACAUGUCGCCGAUGCCAUCACCGAUGCUGUUGGCCUCUUCGUCGCAGGAUUUGCAGGUCAUGGAGCCACUCUCCCCAAUCGGCUCCGACGACGAGGGCAGGCGACGUCGGCGGGCGCGGUUCCACGACAUCGAAGACGAUGCCGCGAGAAUCGCAAAGGCGCUCCGCAGCGACAGGAAACACCCGGAUCCCGAGCCUCUGAUUGAGAUUCUUCCGGGCCUUACCCAUGACCAGGUGAUGGAUCUCCGCAGGGAGUACAAGGCGCUCGUCAAGACUGGCUCGGACCGCAAAGGUGUCAACGUGGCCAAGCACAUCCGCUCCCGCCUCAAGGACGCCGAGCCGAACCUCAUGAAGGCCUGCUACUCCACCGCGCUGGGACAAUGGGAGAGCGAGGCAUACUGGGCCAACUUCUGGUACCAAGGCGACAAGACGCGGCGGGAGCUCCUCAUCGAAUCUCUCAUGGGCCGCACGAACCACGAGAUCCGUCUCAUCAAGGACGGCUUCAGCGACAAGAAGUACGACAACAGCCUGACCAAGUGCAUGAAGACAGAGUUGAAGGAGGACAAGUUCAAGAAGGCCGUGCUCCUGGUGCUCGAGGAGCGCAGGAUGGAGGAGUAUGAUCCCUACGGCCGCCGCCUGGCCAUUGACUACCACCUUGUCGAAGACGACGUCGCGGAUCUGCGCAAGGCCGUCAAGUCGGAAAAGGGCGGCGAGUCGCUCAUGAUCAGCAUCGUCGUGCAGAGAAGCGACUCGCAUCUCCGCGAGGUGCUCAAGCUGUACGAGCGGACGUACAGAUCCAACUUUGCCCGUGACGCGCUCAAAAAGAGCGGUAACCUUGUGGGAGAACUACUGGCCCACGUCCUCAACGGCGUCAUCAAUAAGCCCGUCCGCGACGCCCUGCUCGUCCACCACGCCCUCACGGCGAGCCGCAAGGACGCUCUGCGCCGCGAGCUGCUCAUCUCACGCCUCGUCCGCUUCCACUGGGACCGCCACCACCUCGAGGCCAUCAAGCGCGCCUACCGCGAGCGCUACGGCCGCGACAUGCAGGAGGCUGUUCGGGAGGGCACGAGCGGCGAGUGGGGUCUCUUCUGCCGGGAGCUGUGCAUCUACCGCAUGCCGAACGACGUCAAGAGCUACGAGAAGGUAUCGGUGCAAGUCCGGUAGGGUGAUGGUUGAUUAAACGAGAUAUAUGCGUUGCAUGAAAAAGAGACGGAUGAUAGAUGGAUGAGAUGUAUAAUGAGACUAUGAGCCAUGGGGGAAUCUGUCCGAACGGCCUAUCUAUGCUAUGUCUGAUGCGCCGUUGAGAAUAUGGAAUGCCACCAUCUUGAGCCAAUA